AACCUCAAUCAAUAUCUUUCUACAUCCUUGCCAUCACAAUACCCUUGACCCUGUUGUUUGGGCUAUGCUUGUUCAGCUGUGCUCAGCUUCACAGUAUCUUGCAUGUUUCAUUUCCACCUCGUAAAAGAUAUGGCCUGAUAUAGAAACAAUCGACAAGACAGACAGCUGAGGAUGAUCCUUGCGAAAUAGUAUGACAUAAGGCAUAUAAGAACAACUUGUUUCCCAGUGAUUGAAAGAAAAGUCAAGAGGUGUCAGCGCAAAGCUUACGGCAUCAUGUUCGACUUUCGCCUUCUCCUCCUCUGCCUGGGGGCAUUCUUGACCUUCACAAACGCUUCUCCAUCACCAUACCCCCAAUCAUCAAACGCCCCCGCUGCUCUCAACGCCUGCCUCGCCUCAAAGAAAGUCCCUUACAUCCCACGCGACUCGGCGCAAUGGGUCAAGGAAGUCAAGCCGUACAAUCUUCGUCUGGCAUACACUCCUGCAGCCAUUGCCCUUCCUACAACCGUCAAGCAUAUCUCAGACGCUGUCAAGUGCGGCGACCAGAACAAAGUCCGCGUCAGUGCCAAGAGCGGCGGCCAUAGCUAUGGCUCGUUUGGCUACGGUGGUGAGAAUGGACAUUUGGUUAUCGUUGUGGACGCUAUGGAUACUGUGACGCUUAACAAAGAUAUGAGCUGCACCGUUCAGGCUGGUGCGAGGCUUGGACAUGUCGCUACUGACUUGUUCCAGUUUGGAAAGAGAGCUAUUCCUCAUGGAUCGUGUCCUGGUGUCGGUAUUGCUGGCCAUGCUCUCCACGGAGGUUACGGCUUUGCCUCGCGAACUCACGGUCUCACACUAGACACCUUCCUCGGUGCGACCAUCGUGCUCACCAACGGAACGAUCCGAUACGCAGCCGACUGGGAGUAUUACGACUUAACCUGGGCUCUCCGCGGCGCAGGCUCUUCCUUUGGCAUCGUCGCAGAGCUCGGUUUCCAGACAUUUGCGGCGCCCGAAACAGUCACUCCGUUCAGCAUCGAGCUGGACUGGAACGAGAAUGAAGCAGUCGAAGGACUAUUGGCGAUGCAGAAAUUUGCAGUGACGGCGCCCAAGGAACUGAACAUGCAGAUUUACAUGGGGCCGUCCGGACAGACGAUUCAGGGUGUUUACUACGGCACCAGGGCGAACUUGAACACGGCGCUGCGACCUCUGCUGGGGGAUUUGGGUGCUCAGAUCUCUACCGCGAGUACGGGAGGAUGGAUCCAGAUGUUGAACAAGUACGCCAAUGGUCAAGCGCUUGAUCAAAGACGUCCCUACGACCAACCCUCACACGAAACCAAGUAA